UUGCCCCUCUUUCACUCUCGUGCACCCCUUUUACUCUGAACAAUCAUCAAAACAUAAACCAUGAAAUAAACAUAUGUUGUAAGAAAGUAGGAAACCACAUAAAGAAAAACAUUACUUUUGUUUUAGUGAUCAUGGCUUGCUUCAUCCUAAUUUUGAUCAUCUCAUGCUUUUUAAGUGUUUGCAUUGCCCAAUUUUCCAGCUCUACAUUCCAUCUCAAUUCAAACUUUCCUACAGCAUGGCACAACAACAAUUCAUUGAAUACCCUUUCCGCUGCUGGUGACGAUGUAUCAAAGGUAAGAGUAGUUCUGUUGAGACAAAGGGGUGCCGAUUUUGUUUCUGGAUUCUACUGCGCUGAUAACUGCAACUAUUACGUUUUCUCUGUCGUGGUUGUCGGUGGGGGAAAUCACAGUGUAGUUUGGUCGGCAAAUAGAAGCCAUCCAGUGCGAGAGAACGCAACACUGCAACUGACACGAGAUGGAGGUUUGGUGCUACGCGACUCAAAUGGAGCCAACGUAUGGUCUACCAAUACAUUUGGAAAAUCUGUGGCGGGAAUGAACAUGACAGCAAAAGGAAAUUUGGUUCUGUUCAACAAAGAAGGAGCAAGUGUUUGGCAGUCCUUUGAGCACCACUCUGAUACAAUGCUCAUUGGGCAGCGGUUACAAGACGGUCAAAAACUCAUUUCAAGGUCCUCGGACAAAUGGAGUCGUGGUUUGUACCAUGCGGGGCUAAAAUUGGCCACAGGUUUUGCUGCAUACACCAAAGCAGGUGAGGGUCAACCACUGAUGUACUAUCAGUUGGUGCCAUUUCAAAGCUCAACAACUAGCAGGGGAUCCUACUAUGCCGAGCUCCAGCAAGGAGCGUUUAUCGUUAAACGGGGAACAUCUCAAACAAGUUUUAUGAUAAAUCCCACUGAAUUUUCAUCCAAUGAAGCUGUGAAGUACGUAAAACUUCAGAGUGAUGGACAUUUGAAGAUAUACUAUCACGGAAAUGCAACUGGAUUGAGAGAGAUUGCUGAUUUGAUUACUGAAGAUUUGGGUGAAUGCCAACAUCCUCGCCAAUGUGGGGAAUAUGGCUUAUGCAGAGAAGGUCAGUGCAGCUGUGCCGUAGGCACUGAUGGGCGUCAAUAUUGGCGGCAGACUCAACUUCAAUUGCUCAAAAGUGGUUGCUCUAGGAUCACUAACUUGUCUUGCCCACCUUCCCUUAACCAGCAGCACCAUCUUGUUGAAGUAAGAAAUGUUACCUACUUCAAUGUCAUCGAUUCAGAUGCUGCAUUCCCAAAUAUCAGAGAUUUAGAGGGAUGCAAACAAGCCUGCAUGCAAAAUUGUUCUUGUGGAGCAGCUUUUUUCAGGUAUGUAAAUGACGUUUCAGAUGGUUAUUGUUAUAUGCCAUCCGAGAUCUUGACAAUCAGAGAAGGGAAAAUUCCCAAUUACAAUUUCAGAUCAGCCACAUAUAUCAAAGUACAGAUUCCAUAUGAGGCACCAGACACUGUGCCUGGGAAAGAAAAUACAGGCCAUGUUUCGCCACCAACUCCCCAUUCAAAAAAUGGAACAAAUUUAGCAGCAAUAAUUGCAGGAUCCGGUGCUGGUGCUGUGUUAAUUUUUGGUCUUAUGAUAGUUUUCACUCUGGUGAGGUUUCUGAAAACUAAUACUGAAGAUGGGGAAGACUCUUUCAAGCAAGUUCAGGGAAUUCCCAUAAGGUUUUCAUAUGAAGACCUGCGUGUUGCAACAGGGGAUUUUAGGGAGGAACUUGGUCGUGGAGGAUUUGGGGCCGUGUUCAAAGGAAUGCUUGGAGAUGGCAUUCUUAUUGCAGUGAAGCGAUUGGAUAGAUCAGGCCAAGGAAUCAAGGAGUUCUUAGCAGAAGUUGAGACACUUGGGAGCAUAAACCAUUUUAAUCUUGUGAAGUUGAUUGGAUUUUGUGCAGACAAUUCUCAUAGGCUUCUAGUAUACGAGUACCUGAGUAAUGGUUCUUUGGAUAAGUGGAUUUUCUACACUGACCAAAGAGCUUGUCUUGAUUGGCAAGCAAGAAAGAAGAUUAUACUCCACAUAGCCAAAGGGUUGGCUUACCUCCAUGAAGAGUGUCGACAGAGAAUUAUCCACCUCGAUAUAAAGCCACAAAACAUUCUCUUGGAUGAAAAUUUCAAUGCCAAAGUCUCUGAUUUUGGGCUAGCUAAGCUGAUAGACAGAGAUCAGAGCCAUGUUCAGACAAUAAUGAGAGGAACUCCUGGAUAUAUUGCUCCAGAAUUGCAACGAGGAAGAAUUACCACAAAAGCAGACAUCUAUAGCUUUGGAAUCGCCCUCCUUGAAAUAGUCUGUGGACGGAGAAACUUUGAUGACAAGCAAUCAGAAUCAAGCAAACAUCUACUUGCAUUGUUGCAGAGAAAAGGGGGGGAGAACCAACUCGUUGACAUUGUUGAACAUCUGGAUGAGGAGGUACAAGGUCAUAGAGAAGAGGCGGUCGGGAUGAUCAAGAUUGGAGCUUGGUGUUUGCAAAAUGAUCAGAGAAGAAGGCCUUUCAUGUCAACAGUGGUGAAGGUAUUGGAGGGAGUAAUGGAGGCGGAGACAAACAUCAUAUACAACUUUGCACAUGCAAUGGUAUCUCCUAAUGUGGCCAAUGGCCAUGUUUCUGCACCACCACAAGCAUCAGUUCUCUCUAAUCCUAGGUGAAAGCGUAAUUUGAGGUAAAAGGCAAAUAAAGUUUCUGCAUUUCCACCUAUCUAGCACUGAAUUAUACUUGAACCAAAAUUUUGAAAUUCAUAGUCCAUAUAGCCAAGGAUGGUCAUUUUUUGUUCUGCUUCAAUCAACUGGUGUGUGUACUUUUAUUGUGUUCCAAUUUAGGCAAAAAUCAGUUUAGUGUGACUACACACAUUGACUACAGCAACUAUAUCCACUGCAUAUCCACUGUACAGUGGUCUUUCGCCUUCAUUUCAGUGUAUAUCUUAUGAUUAAUGAUGCAUUAAUUUUACCAAGUCACCCCAUAAACAGAGCUCGAAGCUCUGCUCUAGCAUAAUCCCAUUUUCAUUCUUUUAUUUCCCUACGAAUAGUAUGCACACAAACUUUUACCAUGAACAUUGGAAUGUGUCGUUGGAACAAACAUUGAUGAAUGUGAUGAACAUGAUGAUGAUGAUAGUGAUGAAGAUACAUGUAACCUCUGGCAACUAGGCAUUCGAGAAUUUGGAUCUUGAGUUUUUUGUAUUCUCUGUGUUAUUAUUGAAAUAGUAGGCGGGAGGUGGUGUGAGAGGAGGGAGAGAGGUGUCUGAAGACGUAUAUUUAGGGGUAGAGCAGGUUGAGACUCCCACAUGAAUGGUACUGCACCAGACACAACACAAUAGACUCUAAAAGAAGGGUUGGCCAUGGAGCUUUCCUUGUUACAUAGAUGAGCACCUUGGUGCUCUGUAACCAGCAAACAGUGAUGGAGGCAGGAAUUAAUUUCAUAGGCACAUUGAACAUGAUAAAAUAAAUUAUUACUAUUAUUUUUUUAAACUAACAUAACAACUAACAGUGUAGCAAGACAAUAAACCAAAAAUAGAAGUACAAAUAGUCAUUUUUCAUAAAAAAUAAUAUAAUAAAUUACAGUAUAAAAAACCAAAAACAUAAAUAUGGACAUUAAGUUCAUAAAAUUACCGUAAUAAAUUUAAAGAUGAAGAAGAUUAAAGAAACUGCACAUACAUCAUAUAUGAGUCAAAAAGAAUAAAUUUUAAGACCAAAAAAAAGAGAAAAUAAAAACAAAAGAAGAAGAAAAUAAUAGGAGAAGAAAAAGGUAAAUGGGAAAACUUUAAAGGGGGAAAAUUAGGUUUUUAUUGAAGAUGAAGAAUGUAAAGAGAAAAUUAGGUUUUUAUUGAAGAUGAAGAAUGUAAAAUUUUGAUGGGAUCAAUGAUAUGUAAAGAAGAAGAGUAAAAGAGAAAAAAAUAAUAAGAUUUUUUUUUUAAAAAAAAGGGGGUUUUUAAGGGGGGCAUUUUCUUA